GCACGUUCGUCUUGAACACCGAGCGUAUCGAGUGUAUUCGUUACCGACGCGAGAAAACACUUUGUUCGGUUGUGUACGAUGUUGUUGCCAGCGUGAGUGCAUCAACGGAGAAAAUCACACGUUUCACGGGGUUACUAUGCGAUCCGCUACGCAUCAUUCUCGUAAAUAUUUUUCUUCUAACGGAAAAUCGAUUCUCUCUUUCGAGUCGAUCAAGCCCGUGACACGCGUCUUCGCGAUCCGCUUCUUCCACGUCCGAUUUGCCCUUUGCCCGAAUUUCGCGAAUCUCGCUCGACUGCUAACGAGCCGGAGCACAGCGUAGAUACAUCCGAUUACUGGCUGUAUCGUUUGUCCGUGUUACGCAUCUUCGGAGCUUCCCUUUUUCCGAAAUUCCAAUCGGUUAUCUCGGAAUUUUGGCCUGACGGCAAGCGCGAAGAACGAUAUACCGAUACCGAUACCGAUCGUUAAGCAGCUCUCGAGGUUCGCCCCGUAGUCGACCGUGCGAUGUUGACGCGAUAGUCGAGAUGUUGGAAAGAGGAUCUCGCGAAGAGGUAAAGCGUCGAAUCAUCGGGGAACGCAACAACAACGAACAGGUGGGCGGUUGGCGAACCGGAGCUGAGAUGCACGUUGCGACGAAUCGUUUCGCGAUGAACUGAAUUCGCGAUUCGAGGGACGACGUGUUUUCGGGUCGACGAGUCCGUGAUCGCGCGCGCGGCCGCUAGGACAGUCGGACGAGAUAAAGAACGGAGAAGAAAGCGGCGGAGGAGCGAAAAAUGAGGGCCACGUUGCUGUUGCUGGGGGGCAUCGUGGUAUUCUCGGUCGCGGUCGCGAGAGCUCUCUCCUGCGUGUGUUCGCCCUUCGAGUGUGACAUUCUCACCGACGAGGAUUGCCCUGGAGGCCUCACCUGGGAUCCCUGCAGAUGCUGCAAGGUGUGCGCUCGUGUCGAGGGAGAGCCGUGCGGUGGCCUGUUUGGAUUUUCCGGAAGUUGCGCCGACGGUUUGCAAUGCGUUAUCAAGAAUUUGCUGCCCAACACGCGGGAGGUGGACGAGGGAGUCUGUACAAAGAUCCCGGGCAGAUGGAGAAGGCAUUGUCCGCACGGACCCAUAAUGUCCGAACCUGGUUGCAACCUGGUGUCUGAUGGUACCACCGGAGAGAACGGGAACACGCUGUCGACCGGGAGAUGCGUUUGCGGAGCCUCGGUGCCUUGGUGCCCCAACGAACCUCGUCCUUACGAUUAUCCCACCCGACACGAGUGCAAGCUCAAUCUCGCCGCGAAGAUGAGUUACGAUGACCUCUUUAAUUCCGGAAACACGGCGGGCGACGACGUCGAAGGAGCCACGCGUGGCGCAGCCUGUCCAGAGGAUAGCGUUCGAGAGGAGAACGGCGCGUGCAAAUGCAAAGGCGUGACCUACUGUCCAAUCGUCGAUUGCGAAGCGGAUCUAAGCGCGAGCCUGAUAAAGCCAGGGGAUCAUAAAACGCCCGGUAACUGUUGCGAUCAUUUCGUAUGCCUUCCCCCAGACGCUCCAAGACCCGAGCCGUGUCCCGAGGACAGCGUGUGGACCGAGGAUGGAAAGUGCGAGUGCGCGCCGUGCCCACCGGCCAGCUGUCAACCCGGACAUCGUCCCGUUCAAGUCAAGCCUGCCCUCGAUCCCGAGGUACCCGAUAGGUGUUGCCCUCUCUACGAGUGUAGACCCGCAGAGGCCGUCUCAUGGGUAAAAGUGGCGACCGAGAUGUCGAAAUCUGCGAAAUAUUGUAUUUACGAGAACAAGGCGAGGAAGUUGGGCGAACGAUGGCAGGAAUCGGAUUGCGUUAGCUGCAUCUGCCAGGAGGACGGAGUAUCCUGUCAGGAACCGAUGUGCAAGUCCUGCGAAAACGCGAUUCCGCCCGACCCCGGCGAGUGUUGCCCUCACUGUCCACCGCUCGAGAACACCACUCUUCACGAACCUCGACCUCCCUGUCCAACUUCCCUCGAAGAUUGCGAGUUGACGUGCGAGCACGGUUACGCGCGAGACGAAAACGAUUGUCCCAUUUGCGGUUGCAACAAAUCCAAGGACGUCGACGACGACGACGACGACGACGCCGCCGACGCGGAUGCCGACGCGACGGCAGGGGUACGCGCGACAACCGAGAUCGGGUCCGUGGACGAAGCGAAUUGUCCAGAGUUACCGCACUGCGGCUUCAAUUGCGAUAUAAAGAAGAACGAGAAGGGUUGUUCGGUGUGCUCCUGUGAGACUUUGGAGACGUUCGAGCAACAGCCCAUCAACGAUACCGUUUCGGUCGACGACACCGGCAAGAAGGUUUGUCCCGAGGUGAAGUGCGAUUUGCAUUGCGAACGGGGACUGGUGAUGGACGAGAACGAUUGCACGUUUUGCAAGUGUCGAGAGCCAGGUUCGGGAUGUCCGCCUCUAGUCGGAUGCAGAAAACGAUGCGCCUUUGGUUACAGGACGAACAAACGCGGCUGUUCGAUAUGUCGCUGUCGGGCCUCCUGCACGGAUCAUCUUAACGACACGUAUCCGGAAGGAUCGACUUGGCAUCCGAACUGGUGCACCUCGUGCACCUGCGAAACCGGAGGGAAGCUGAGCUGCAAAGAGACCGUUUGCUCGGUAGCCUGCAACGAUCCGUUGCCUCCGCAGCCGGAAACCUGUUGUCCCGUCUGUCCAAUUACGGUGCCGACGAAAGGGAACGGACCGGUGAGCGGUCAUCAUCAAGGAGGCAAAGGCUGGGGCACCGUACCGAUCACCUUGAUCGCGAUACUCGCCUUGCUCUGCGUCCUACUCAUCGUCCACAUCGUUCGCGGCCGAUUCCGCGCUCGUCUUUCGCCUUCCGAGGCCUCUUACUCCACUUACCCUCCGCAGUACUAUAAAUGCGUGCCAGCGUACGACACGCCGGUGCAUCGAAACGAGAAAAUCGUGCCCUUGUAAAAGACUAUCUGGCAAACCGGGAGAAACGCGAAACACGUUACGGACAAGCGGCGUUUUCUUUAACGCGCGGCGGCUUCCUCCUACACCGUGCGUGAUGUAGCCUGCGUGCUGCACCGUGCUGCACCGUGCUGCACCGUGCUGACCAAAACUAGAAGAACGAAGAGGGGAAAAUGGAAAACGGAUCGAUGAUCCGGCGAUGAUAAUAGAGCAUGGUGGUAGGCGAGAAAGCAACCACGGCCGCCGUCAGCCAGUCUAAACCCGACGUUUUACCGGUUGAAGAUACCACAUAUUGUAGAUUCAGUAUUAUUUGUAAGUAGCGGACGGUUUUGCGAUCGUAAGAGAAGACAACUGAGAUACAGGCCGAAGCUCGCCAAAAGCACGGCUGUCGGUAUCCUCUCGCGAAUUCCUCUAAUUCGAUGCGAUGUGUUGCCAUGUGUAAAUUACGAUAUAAAAGCUAGCGUGAUUAUCACGAAGAGGUAAAAAGAAAAAAAGAAGAAAAGAAAAAGAAAAAGAAAAAAAAAAAACAGUAAAUACGCUAACGAUAAACUUGGUAGAUCCUAACUCGAUCGAGAACCGUAGAAGAGAGAAGCAGGUGUCUUAGUCGUAGUAUUAGUUCCCUCGAUCUCUGGACCAUCGUUGUGUUUCGCGAUGCGAUCACGAAGCUUCGCUGUUACUUGGCAAUACUUGGACGAUUUUAUAUCGGCUUUCCACGCGAUUUUCACGCGCGCUGCUUUCUUCCUUGCUUACGCGUCUUCUUCUCGUCGCACUCGUCUUAACUUUUCACCUUUCCAUUUCCCCGCUCCACCUUCUCUCCUUUUUCCUUCAUCUUUUCUUCUCUUCUCCCCGCACCCCUCGUUUCUUCCUCUCGUCCCAUUUGCACGUUUACCCAUUCUCGGAUCACGGGUAAAAUGCCUAGUUCCAUCGAUUUCAACCGAGUGGAUGAACGAUAUUAAUCCACGUUCUAAACGAUAUCCUGUCCUCGGGGCGUCGUUUGUCACGGCACUGCUCGCGGGAGAGAAUCGGUUACGGAAUAACGCGCCACCUUCUUACGGCUCUUCCGGAAGCCCGCGGUUUCACGCCGGAUUAAAUCGGAUUCGUUCAAUUUGUCAUCGUUUAACGACUACGGGAGGAAAGGAGGAAACGCUUUCCUCCUUGUUCGUUGUCCGUACGUAGAGCCAGCAAGCAUGCCGGUGGUGCAUUUAACGUCCUAGAUUUCUAUUUUUACCAGAUUGUUUCCACGUUACGCCUUUAUUCCUUCCGUCGCGUACGACCCGUAACGUUUCCACUCGAAUCAGGCACGGGCGUUUCGUCGAGCGAAAAAAAAAAAAAAA